AUGAUGAACAUGCACUAUAAAUGCCUAGAUAAAUGCAAUGCACCGUCCUCAGCUACCUGCCAAAACGGUGGGUUCCCACAUCCAAGGGCCUGCGCUAGAUGCAUCUGUCCUAGCGGUUGUGGUAGAAGCCUUUGCCACAGAAGAGUAAAAAAUUCUCGCUUAAACCAUUUUUGUCUUGAAGUUUAUACAAAUUCAACAGGUUGCAAUAAGACACUGGUGGCAACUUCAAGACAUAGUGAAUUCAUCGCUUGUCCUUCCAGAGGCUUACGGAUACAGUGGGUGGAAGGACAAGCGAUGAAUUCACUAUGUGCAACUACUGGCUUGAGGCAUAAAACUUUUUGUGCUCGAAAACAACAUGAGAGGCUUUGCUAUCGACAUACCCAGGAGUUGAAAUCAAAACAGGAAGCGAUAAGCGCCCUACUGACUACAGGCAAGCGUCAAACUCUCAAAAAGCUAACUUCUUUAGGUCGCUUCUAUGUAUCGAAAUGUUCAGAUUCUGCGCUGUGGAAACUGUCGGGACAUCUUUGGUAUCUACUUGCAACAUCGUCCCUGCGAUUACUUAAAGCAAAACUCGUGCUGCCACAACCGUUUUACGUUAUCGAAUCAGUAACGUCAUAUGAAAGGAUAGAUUUUUUCACACUAUGA